UUGUGUGCUUGUUGUAGUUUGUAGUGUUGUGUAAGCAUGAUGCGUCCUGGUCUCUGCUCGGCGUGCUGAUCUGAUCUGUGAAGGUGGUGUUGUUUAGUUUAUAGUGUUGUGAGCGCUCUACAAUGUUGCUACAGCGGGCCCAUGUCAUUAAUAUAAUGAAACUGGCAGAUCCUGUCAUUGUAGACGCACUGCCCGUGAUAUAGCCCUCUCAGGACUGUCUCCUUGUGCAUUAGUGCACAGGCAGCGCAGUGCUGCAGGUGCGGAGCGCUCAAUUGAACAGCGAGUUUCUCGUGUAUUUUGGCAGAUGUUACUGUCAGCAGCGGGGUUUCACUGCCACUAAACCACCUGAUUUAAUUCAUUGCUGCCAGCAGCUGCACGCGGAACAAAUCCUAAUGUCGUUAACACAACUUCUCCAUUUCCCUCUCUCUAAAACUUAAGGUGGAGUUGGAAGGUGCCACAGGCAGCCCUCUAGGUGACGCAAUGCCGCCCAAAUUCAAACGCCAUCUGAACGACAGUGAGGUCACAGGCUCUGUGAAGAGCGAGAGGAGAAACCUGUUGGAGGAUGACUCUGAUGAAGAAGAGGACUUCUUCCUGAGAGGGCCUUCAGGACCCACAUUUGGACGGAAAAAUGAGAAGAUUAAGCAAGUGCAGACCCAGGUGGAUGAGGUGAUUGAUGUCAUGCAAGAGAACAUCACCAAGGUGAUCGAGAGGGGAGAACGGCUGGACGACCUGCAGGACAAGUCUGAAAGCCUGUCAGAUAACGCCUCGGCAUUCAGCAGCCGAGCCAAGCAGCUGCGCAGGAGGAUGUGGUGGAGAGAGUGCAAAAUGAAGGCAAUCGUAGCGCUGGUGGUGGUGGCCAUCCUGCUGAUCAUCGUGGUUCCUCUGAUCCUGCGGUACCGUUAGUGCCAGGCUAGGAGGAGCCAGCAGGGGGCGCUGUGGCGGAGGACUCGUGGCUUCCCCUCUCCCCUCUCCCCUCUCCCCUGUAUAUUCAGCUCCAGUGCAGAACCAGGAAGAGACACUGCUGGGAAUCAAAUGAGAGAUUUGCACCAAUCAGGCAGGGAGAGCCAAGGACCUCAGCACUGUCCCUUUCCCAGUGACUCAACAAUGGAAGAACGGACCAAUCACAGUGUGCGGACCUCAGUGACUCAACAAUGGAAUAAUCACUCAGCAUCCACCAAUCAGAGCCCUCCUUCCCAGCCCUCUGCCAAUGAGCCUGCAGCCUCUACACCUCCCACCUCUACCAGUGGGGGGCACUGUGGAGCCGGCGCUGAAGACGCAGUGGGGGUGCAAGAACACUGCUGGGGUUCAAUAUGGAUAACAAGGUCAAGUGUACAUACCCCAUAUCUGUGUAUAAAAAACAAAUCAUCUGGAACUGAUGUUUACAAUUUUACAGUCAUGUGAUAUCUUACACUUUCUGUCCAAUUGUUUUGUUUUGAGGAGACAAUUCAAACAAAAAAUAAAUUUAAAAAUAAUAAUAAAUCCUGAAUGUGUGACUGUGCCAGGGGGAGUUUAAAAAAACAAAGCAAACCAGACACUACUGUAAGAGUGAAGCUCAUCUCUACCAGACAGUACUGUGAGAGUGAAGCUCAUCUCUACCAGACACUACUGUGAGAGUGAAGCUCAUCUCUACCAGACACUACUGUGAGAGUGAAGCUCAUCUCUACCACACAGUACUGUAAGAGUGAAGCUCAUCUCUACCAGACAGUACUGUGAGAGUGAAGCUCAUCUCUACCAGACAGUACUGUAAGAGUGAAGCUCAUCUCUACCAGACAGUACUGUGAGAGUGAAGCUCAUCUCUACCAGACAGUACUGUAAGAGUGAAGCUCAUCUCUACCAGACAGUACUGUGAGAGUGAAGCUCAUCUCUACCAGACAGUACUGUAAGAGUGAAGCUCAUCUCUACCACACAGUACUGUGAGAGUGAAGCUCAUCUCUACCAGACAGUACUGUGAGAGUGAAGCCCAUCUCUACCAGACAGUACUGUGAGAGUGAAGCUCAUCUCUACCAGACAGUACUGUAAGAGUGAAGCUCAUCUCUACCAGACACUACUGUAAGAGUGAAGCUCAUCUCUACCAGACAGUACUGUGAGAGUGAAGCUCAUCUCUACCACACAGUACUGUGAGAGUGAAGCUCAUCUCUACCACACAGUACUGUGAGAGUGAAGCUCAUCUCUACCAGACAGUACUGUGAGAGUGAAGCUCAUCUCUACCAGACACUACUGUAAGAGUGAAGCUCAUCUCUACCAGACACUACUGUGAGAGUGAAGCUCAUCUCUACCAGACAGUACUGUGAGAGUGAAGCUCAUCUCUACCAGACAGUACUGUGAGAGUGAAGCUCAUCUCUACCAGACAGUACUGAGAGUGAAGCUCAUCUCUACCAGACACUACUGUGAGUGAAGCUCAUCUCUACCAGACAGUACUGUAAGAGUGAAGCUCAUCUCUACCAGACAGUACUGUGAGAGUGAAGCUCAUCUCUACCAGACAGUACUGUAAGAGUGAAGCUCAUCUCUACCACACAGUAUUGUAAGAGUGAAGCUCAUCUCUACCAGACAGUACUGUAAGAGUGAAGCUCAUCUCUACCAGACAGUACUGUGAGAGUGAAGCCCAUCUCUACCAGACAGUACUGUAAGAGUGAAGCUCAUCUCUACCAGACAGUACUGUGAGAGUGAAGCUCAUCUCUACCAGACAGUACUGUAAGAGUGAAGCUCAUCUCUACCAGACAGUACUGUAAGAGUGAAGCUCAUCUCUACCAGACAGUACUGUGAGAGUGAAGCUCAUCUCUACCACACAGUACUGUAAGAGUGAAGCUCAUCUCUACCAGACACUACUGUAAGAGUGAAGCUCAUCUCUACCACACAGUACUGUAAGAGUGAAGCUCAUCUCUACCAGACAGUACUGUAAGAGUGAAGCCCAUCUCUACCAGACAGUACUGUGAGAGUGAAGCUCAUCUCUACCAGACAGUACUGUAAGAAUGAAGCUCAUCUCUACCACACAGUACUGUAAGAGUGAAGCUCAUCUCUACCAGACAGUACUGUGAGAGUGAAGCUCAUCUCUACCACACAGUACUGUAAGAGUGAAGCUCAUCUCUACCAGACACUACUGUAAGAGUGAAGCUCAUCUCUACCACACAGUACUGUAAGAGUGAAGCUCAUCUCUACCAGACAGUACUGUGAGAGUGAAGCUCAUCUCUACCAGACAGUACUGUAAGAGUGAAGCUCAUCUCUACCAGACAGCACUGUAAGAGUGAAGCUCAUCUCUACCAGACACUACUGUGAGAGUGAAGCUCAUCUCUACCAGACAGUACUGUAAGAAUGAAGCUCAUCUCUACCAGACACUACUGUGAGAGUGAAGCUCAUCUCUACCAGACAGUACUGUAAGAGUGAAGCUCAUCUCUACCAGACAGUACUGUGAGAGUGAAGCCCAUCUCUACCAGACACUACUGUAAGAGUGAAGCUCAUCUCUACCAGACAGUACUGUAAGAGUGAAGCUCAUCUCUACCAGACAGUACUGUGAGAGUGAAGCUCAUCUCUACCAGACAGUAGUGUAAGAGUGAAGCUCAUCUCUACCAGACAGUACUGUAAGAGUGAAGCUCAUCUCUACCAGACAGUACUGUGAGAGUGAAGCUCAUCUCUACCAGACACUACUGUAAGAGUGAAGCUCAUCUCUACCACACAGUACUGUAAGAGUGAAGCUCAUCUCUACCAGACACUACUGUAAGAGUGAAGCUCAUCAGUACCACAGUACUGUGAGAGUGAAGCUCAUCUCUACCACAGUACUGUAAGAGUGAAGCUCAUCUCUACCAGACACUACUGUAACAGUGAAGCUCAUCUCUACCAGACAGUACUGUAAGAGUGAAGCUCAUCUCUACCAGACAGUACUGUAAGAGUGAAGCUCAUCUCUACCAGACACUACUGUAAGAGUGAAGCUCAUCUCUACCAGACAGUACUGUAAGAGUGAAGCUCAUCUCUACCACAGUACUGUGAGAGUGAAGCUCAUCUCUACCACAGUACUGUAAGAGUGAAGCUCAUCUCUACCAGACAGUACUGUAAGAGUGAAGCUCAUCUCUACCAGACAGUACUGUAAGAGUGAAGCUCAUCUCUACCAGACAGUACUGUGAGAGUGAAGCCCAUCUCUACCAGACAGUACUGUAAGAGUGAAGCCCAUCUCUACCAGACAGUACUGUAAGAGUGAAGCUCAUCUCUAACAGACAGUACUGUGAGAGUGAAGCUCAUCUCUAACAGACAGUACUGCGAGAGUGAAGCUCAUCUCUACCAGACAGUACUGCAAGAGUGAAGCUCAUCUCUACCAGACAGUACUGUAAGAGUGAAGCUCAUCUCUACCACAGUACUGUGAGAGUGAAGCUCAUCUCUACCACAGUACUGUAAGAGUGAAGCUCAUCUCUACCAGACAGUACUGUAACAGUGAAGCCCAUCUCUACCACACAGUACUGUAAGAGUGAAGCCCAUGCUCUUGUUCUUCUUCCCCAGAGCAGUCCCAGUCCUCUGAACACAGCACAUCACUUUCACUGUGCUUUACUCCACUAAUGUUGUGUUUUAUGCUAUACCCCCCCAUCUACAGUAAAAUAGAAGACUUUUACAAAUUGCUGUGCACAGGGCCUGCCAGUGAAUUAACCACCUUAUUAAGUUCUGGAGGAGUGCUGUGGUAUAGUUGGCGAGUCCAGCAGCUGUCAUUGUUCAUGUCGCAUCUGAAGGCACAGCACUCUGAAUGAAGGCUAGCACUGGAGCCCCCCCAGUCUGCAGAAUCUCGCAUCAUCACCAUUGUGUUUAGGUAGAUUAUAUAAAGUAUGUGUCUAUGCUGUUGAAAGUAUUCAGGCAUCGCUCGGUAAUGAGAAAGGGUUUGAUCUGUUUUUUGGUGGUUUGUUUUUCUUUAAAUAAAGUCAUUUCAAUGUGACCCGUUAUCCCCUC